GUCACAGCAGCAUCUUUGAGAGAGCAGAGAUGGCGCCGCCCUUUAAGAUAAUAUUGGGUUCUGCAUCAAUGGCACGGCGACGGAUUCUAGCUGAAAUGGGUUAUGAAUUUGAGAUCAUGACUGCAGAUAUUGAUGAAAAAGGAAUUAGGAGAGAAAAGCCAGAAGAUUUGGUCAUGGCUAUAGCUGAAGCAAAGGCCGAUGCCAUAAUAUCAAGGCUCCAAACAACAGGUCUAUCAGAGAAGGAUGCUCAAACAACAUUGUUAAUUACUGCAGAUACAGUGGUGGUGUACAAAGGAACGAUCAGAGAAAAACCAUCCAGCGAGGAAGAAGCACGGGAAUUUAUUAAAGGCUAUUCUGGCAGUCAUGGAGCAGUUGUGGGUUCUGUUCUUGUAACCAACCUUAAUACAGGAGCAAGCAAAGGGGGAUGGGACAGAGCGGAGGCCUAUUUCCAUGACAUACCAGAUGAAGUCAUUGAUAACCUGAUUGAUGAAGGAAUCCCAUUUAAAGUUGCUGGGGGUCUGAUGCUGGAACAUCCUCUAACCUUGCCAUUUGUUGAAUCAGUGGUUGGGGCAAUUGAUACUAUCAUGGGACUACCCAAAGCUCUCACACAAAAACUCAUACAUGAUGUUCUAUAGCUACCCCAGGCUCUGAAUUGGUUCCAAAUUUUAGCUGCGGAUGAGUCAACAGGCAAAGUUAAUCUUCUGAAAAUUAAACAUUUUUGUGGUGUAUGCACAUUCUUACUUUAAUCCAAAAUUGGUUCAUAAUGAAACAAAAGGCCUCAG